CUAUCAAAUUAAAUUUAAAAAAAAAGAACAAUUUCAUAUUGAACAAUCGAAAAAUAUGUCUCGAAAUAAUCCCCAAUUAAAUAAAACCCAAGUUAUGGAAAAUUUCAAUUUAAUUAAACCACAAAGUGAAAUGCAUCAUCAAUUUCAAAAUCCUAUUAUUAAAAAACCACCAGUAACUCGUUCGAAACGAAUGGAACAAUUUCUUUGGCAUGAAUUCUACGAAGAGUACAUUCUAUCGAAAGAAAAUUCAAAUUCACUUCAAUCUGAUGGAAAACCAAUUACUACUGAAUACAUUGACGAAUAUGGAAAGUUAGUAGAUACUAACUUGCUUGUCAAAAAGAACAACGAUAUGGAAAUAAUGGAAGAAUUGUUGAAAAAUAGAUUUCCACUUUACUCGGAUGCAGCUAUAACAUUUUGGAAUCCUAAAGGAAAUGUUUCGAGGAAUUUUGGAAAAACUCUGUCGAUAACAUUGCCAAUAUCAGAACAGCAUGGACAAUUUGGAUAAAUAAUGGACUUGAAAUACCAUUGUCAAGAAAUAUUUCCGAAAAUAACAAAAUUGAUUUGAAAUGAAGAGUUUUGUUUUAUAUGUGAUCAAAAUUGAUGGCCAUUUAGAAUGCCUAAAUAAAUUUUGAAAUGUUGAAGAGAGAAACAG